GGUUGCCUAGCAACCCAGCGUCAACGGCGAGUUUAUCAGUUUCGAUGUUUUUCCCUCCCGCUUAAACUGUUCCGUUAUUCUUCGUAAUUAAACUAAACCGAGUCAAAAUUAUUAUUUAGGACAAUCAUAUGUAAUAUUGGUGUUUGAGGGUUUUUCCUCAGAACUAACCUGCUAACUUGACCUGUAGCUAACUUUAAGGGGAAAAAAAACGGUCCAAGGAACGUCUGAGUGUCAGAAUGACACACAAGACGAGGAAGGACAGCGAACCUCUGAGUAAGGACAAGUUUGGGUUCAUUUCCAUAGAGAGCAAAUCCCCAGAAACAGCAGUUCUGCUUUUGAAUUCACCUGAGGAGGAAGUCAUUGUAAAAGCGUGUGAUGCAAUCUUCACAUUUGCAGAAAAAGGAGAUGAGAACAAGCUUUCUCUGCUGGGCCUGGGGGCCUUGGAGCCCCUCAUCAGACUCCUCUCCCACAGCAGCAGAGCGGUCAGACGUGGCGCCGUCGUGGCUCUUGGCUCCAUGGCCGUCCACGGUGAAGUGAAGAACGCCCUGAAAAAAUUAAAUGCCAUCCCAUCAAUUUUAGAGAAACUCUCACCGGAAGAGGAAACGGUCGUCCAUGAGUUUGCAACACUGAGCCUCACCCACCUGUCCAAGGAUUUCAGCUGCAAGGCCCAGAUGUUUGACAGCAACGGUCUUCCACCGCUGAUCCAGCUGCUGUCCAGCCCAGAUCCAGAUGUGAAAAAGAAUUCUGUGGAGGUCAUCUACAAUCUAGUUCAGGAUUACAAAAGCCGCCUGGCGUUUCACAAACUGGGGGGGAUUCCAUCCCUGCUGGAGCUGCUGAAGUCUGACUUUCCUGUCAUCCAGCAUCUGGCUUUGGGGACGCUGCAGUGCGUCACGACUGACCCAGACUCACGCAGGACUUUCAGGGAGGAGCAGGGCUUUGACAGACUCAUGGAUGUUCUCAGUAACCCGGAUUUCAGCGAUCUGCACGCUGCAGCUUUACAAACACUCUCCAACUGUCUGAGCGACAGUCAGACGGUGAAGCUGGUCCACAAAUCCAGAGGACUGGCGAGGCUGCUUCACUUCCUGAUGGCUCCAAACGCGCCUGGAGUUCAGUCCGCUGCAGUCGACUGUCUGACCAAAGUGGCUCAGAGCGCUGAGAGCCUCCGGCUGCUCCACGAGGAGGGAACAGAAAAAGUUCUUGCAGAGCUUCUGUCUGUGGACGACAUCGGCGUGAAAACGUCCGCCUGUCAGGCCGUGGCCGCCAUGAGCUUUCACCCGGCCAGCAAAGACAUCUUUAGAGACUUGGGGGUUGUUCCCGCUCUGACACAACUGCUGAGGAGGCAGAGUUUGAUGCUGAGAGCAGCAGCGACCCGGGCCCUCUAUGGGCUCUCACACGGCGACCAGCUCAACGCCCUUUCAAUCUAUAACACCGGCGGUCAUGAGAUUCUUGUCCAGCAGCUGCAUGAAGCUUGUCCAAAAACCGUGGCCAGCUCUGCUGCUACGCUGUACAACAUGGCAGCACAGGAGGCCAUCCGAUCCAGCAUCGUGUCCCAUGGAGCCAUGCAGGCUCUGGCUGAGGCAUUGAAGUCCAAAGACACUGAGGUUCUGCUCAGCAGCACGCUGUGUGUGGCGGAGCUGGCCUGUGAGGAGGAAGCAAGAGCAGAGCUGCGUAGAGCUGGAGGCCUGGAAGCCCUCGUCCGUCUCCUGCACUCCCCCCACGAGGAGGUGUGGAAAAAUGCCUGCUUUGCUGUGAAAGUUUGUGCCAGCGAUAAACCUUCAGCCGUGGAAAUGUGCAGACUUGGAGCUUUGGAAAUUCUGCAGGAAAUGAUCUGUCCAGAGAGUGGCAGGAAUGCUUUGGGUGGUCUGGCCCUGAACAGCCUUCUCAAAUCCAACCUGUCUGUCAAAUACAGCCUGAUGGGACACCUGGCCUCUUCCGACAUCAUCACCUGUGGCUUCUACGAUGCCGGGAAGGCUCGGACAGGUCAGAGGGUUCUGACUUUGGAAGAACUGACCCAACAGCCGCUCAACCAACACCGACCCGUUUUUUCUGUCUUCACUGGAAGCAGAAAGGAGAAAGAAGAGAAGCAGGAAGAUGAGAUUCCAGCAGAGGAAACAGAAGACGCCGUUCUCCAGAUGCUGAUCCAAGAGGCUAAAGAGAGCAUCCUCCAGCUGAACACGGAGAAGGAGCAGUAUGCCGCUCUGGCCAGGCUGGUGAGUGAAGCCAUGGGUGGAGCGGUGGCUGAAGAGGAGCUACAUGAAUUCCCCUGGAUGCUGCAUCUCAGCGAGCUCAAGUUUCACCUGCAGUCGAACGUUGUUCCCAUUGGAUUGAUCAGGAAAGGGAUCUACUGCCACAGAGCCCUGCUGUUCAAGUGUCUCUCUGACUGCAUUGGACUGAGCUGCUCCCUCAUCAGGGGAGACUACAACCGGGCCUGGAACGAGGUGGUCCUCUUUGAGGAGAAUCCCCCCUCCAUGCAGAGGUCUUCACGGCGCUCUCGCUUCAUCGUAGACCUCAUGCAUCAGCCGGGACGCCUGCUGGACGUCAACACGCCGGCUGCCCAGCAGUAUCAGACCAUAUAGAAGAUCAGACCAUAUAGAAGCAGAGGGUCAAUGCUGUUUGGAGCAAAUAUGAAUAGAUUGAUAAAAUUUAAUAAAUCCACUCUAAACAUCCAAA